AUGGCCAAAAAACAGUCCGAAGUCACCAGACAGGGAACUCAAAGACUAAAAUUCGUGCCAACCAUACCUGCUCGUAGGAAAAAGGAGUACGGUAAUCACGAACCAACGACACCGGCGAUUCCUGCAGCUGGAGAUAGAGGACGCGGACGAGGACGAGGUCGUGGCAGGGGAGGCGAGGGACGCGGUGCUGCUCCUCGUCCAGUAGUUGAGAUGACUGCCAGUGGUCCAUUCGCCAUGGGUCCUGCUCUCGGAGGCACGUCAGCACGGCGUAGUGCACCUCGGUCGAAUUUCACACCCAUAGUCCCACUCGGUCCAAGUAACGCGUCCGCACUCGGCGCAGGACUCUCAAACACCGCCGCACCUUCAUUAAAAACAGAAAGGGAGAACGUGUUGCACGGGAGUGCAACUACGAAGGACCAAAAGAAGGCCGAUGACGACGAGGAAGUAUACUCGGAUCCUGACGAUGGAGUACAGAUUAUUGACAUGGAGAAUGUGAGGCAAAUGGAUUGGAUGGCCCCGGAGAGUCUCAGGAAAGAAAGAAAAGAUGGGAAAAAGAAAGCAGUUAAGAUUGAGAAAGAAGAGCUCGAAUUGCCUGAGGCUCUAAAAGGGAAAGAAAAAGAUAUACCACCAGACCUGGAGGAAGAAGCUCCUGCUGGCGAAGUUGAUCUAGCGAACGCGCUCGACCUGAGCGAAAGUGAGGAGGAAGAAGAGCUUGAAGACCUCAUCGAGGAUUUUGCUCUGCAAGCCAACAUAGAGGGCGACGUCAAUAUGAGACAAGAACGCUUGUAUUUCUUCCAGUUCCCCGAACCUUUCCCUACAUUCCUUCCCCCACCACCGCCUCAAUUUGGACCUGUCUCGAUGGACUUGGAUGCUCCCGACCCCGCCCCUACAUCUGACACUAAAGGUAAAAAAGUCUCUUUUGCUCCAGGCGUCAAGCCACCUGCUCCAGGUUCAUCGACAGACUCGGCGCGCACCUCAGCUGUUCCCGAAGGUGAGGUGGUCAAAAAGGAGGAGGCCGAAAAGGUCGACGGGAUCAUAGGCCAGCUAGAAGUCUAUCGAAGCGGGGCUGUCAAGAUGCGCCUGGGAAACAACAUCGUCAUGGACGUUUCUGCUUCUACCCAACCAUCAUUUUUGCAACAUGCUGUGUUUCUCGACUCGGUGAAUAAACGGCUGAACGUCAUCGGAGAAGUUAACAAGAGAUUCGUCGUCUCACCCAAUAUUGACACACUACUGGAGGUUAUGGAAGCUGCUGAUCGCGGAGCGGCUGAGAAAGUAAACGACGAUAAUAUUAAUUAG